AAAGCGAGAUGUUCGCAAUGGUCCAAGACGUCAACGUUUACAUAGAAAAAACUAUUGAAAAACAGUACAGAUAGACUAAAAAAAAAAAGUGAGCGUUUUGUGCGAACAGACCCUAAUAUUUUGUUUUGUGUUCCACGGAGUACAAAAAGUUACACGGAUUGGACCAACAUGACGGUGUGACAGCCGGUGAUGUUACGCACAGGGCGUGUGCCAGGUGAACCUUUGUUUCCGACACUCCCGUUUGGCUCUGUCACAGAAGAAUGAAAUUUUUCCGCAGACUUCUGCGCAGACGACUGCACCCAUGGAAGCUCGCCAUCGUGGCAUUAGUAUUUGUGACAUUCCUGUUUCUAAUGCAACGAGAAGUGGUCAGUCAGAACCCCCAGGAUGAACGGGAUGGUGUUUUUGGGAUGGUGAUGGGUGCGAUGAAUAACCUCCGUGACUCUAUACCAAAGAUGCAGAUUAAAGCACCGGUGAGACAGCAAGAAGACGAGGCCUGUCUAUCUGGGUAUUACACGGCUGCCGAACUCAGACCGGUCCUAGAAAGACCCCCGCAGAACCCCAGCGCUCCGGGUGCUUCCGGAAAGGCUUUUCACACUGAGAAUCUGAAUCCAGCUGAGCAGAAAGAGAAAGAGAAGGGAGAGGAGAAGCAUUGCUUUAACUUGUAUGCAAGUGAUCGGAUCUCACUAAGCAGAGACCUCGGACCUGAUACGAGACCUCCAGAAUGCAUAGAGCAGAAAUUCAGACGAUGCCCACCCCUGCCAACCACAAGUGUGAUCAUCGUGUUCCAUAACGAGGCAUGGAGCACGCUACUGCGGACCGUCUACUCUGUCUUGCACACCUCCCCUGCGCUCCUCCUCAAAGAGAUCAUCCUCGUGGAUGACGCCAGCGUUGACGAGCGACUAAAGGACGAACUGGACGAGUAUCUGAAACAGUUGCACAUCAUCCGUGUGGUACGCCAGCGUGAGCGAAAAGGUCUCAUCACUGCUCGACUCCUCGGGGCAUCUGUGGCCACAGGAGACACCCUCACCUUUCUGGAUGCCCACUGUGAAUGCUUCAACGGAUGGCUUGAGCCUCUGUUGGCCCGGAUAGCAGAGAACUCCACAGCUGUAGUGAGUCCCGACAUCACCACCAUAGACCUCAACACAUUUGAGUUCAUGAAACCCUCACCGUACGGACAGCACCAUAACCGCGGGAAUUUCGACUGGGCUCUGUCCUUCGGCUGGGAGACCCUUCCCGAUCACGAGAAACAGAGGCGCAAAGAUGAGACAUACCCUAUUAAGACGCCAACGUUUGCUGGGGGGCUCUUCUCCAUUUCGAGAGAUUACUUCUACCAGGUCGGAAGCUACGACGAGGAAAUGGAGAUUUGGGGGGGAGAGAAUAUCGAAAUGUCCUUCAGGGUAUGGCAGUGUGGUGGGCAGCUGGAAAUCAUCCCUUGCUCUGUCGUUGGUCACGUGUUCCGCACAAAGAGCCCUCACACCUUCCCUAAAGGCACACAGGUGAUCGCUCGCAACCAGGUGCGACUGGCCGAGGUCUGGAUGGAUGAUUAUAAAGAGAUCUUCUACAGGAGAAACCAGCAGGCCGCUCAGAUCGCCAAAGAGCAUUCGUUUGGAGAUGUUUCCAAGCGUGUAGAUCUCCGGGAAAAGCUUCAGUGUAAGAGCUUUUCCUGGUUUUUGAAGAACGUCUAUCCGGAGGUCUUCAUGCCCGAUCUUAAUCCCCUGCAGUUUGGCGCGAUAAAGAGCGUGGGGAAGGAGGCCUGUUUGGAUGCUGGAGAGAAUAAUGAGGGAGGGAAGCCUCUGAUCAUGUACUUCUGCCACGGGAUGGGAGGAAACCAGUAUUUCGAGUAUUCAACCCAUCAUGAGUUACGACACAACAUUCAGAAGGAGCUGUGUCUGCACGCAUCCGAUGGAAUCGUAAAAUUAGAGGAGUGCCAGUAUAAAGGUCACAACACCAUGACGGGACCUCAGCAGAAAUGGGAGCUGAGAGAGGAUCAGCUGUUCUAUAACAAGGGCUCAAAACAGUGUUUGACUGCUCGACACGAGAACCCCUUUCUAGUGUCCUGCAAUCAAGCUGACAAAUACCAACGCUGGCUCUUCACCUGAGCGGAGGGACCACUGAGAGACACACACACACACACACACACACACACACACACACACACACACAAACAAAAUCACAGGGUCCAAAAUUAGCUUUUUGCCAUAGCUGCCAAUGACGAGUGAAAAUGUACCUUCCAUAAAUAUUUCUGUAUUUUAUAUAAAAAAAAUAUAUAUAGUUUAUGUUCUUAUGAUUGCAGAAUUAUAGAGAGUUUUUUCCCCCUUACACAUUUGUGACUAGAAAAGGAAUCGAAAACCUGAACUGGUUCUUUUUAUUUCCGUGUUUGGUUUUGUUAAUGGUUCUUGAACGUGUGCAUUCAUACGGCUGGAUCACAGUGCUGGAAUAUUUUCACAGUGUUUUCUUCACCGAUAUUUAUCACAGUAUAUUUCUACAUAAAGCUUGUGAUCUGAAUUGAAUGUGAUGAGAGAAGAAGACUGGGUGCCACAAAAUAAAAACAAAGAGACAAAGAGUCUUUAUUUUGCGUGUCCAUCGCUGGUCGCACGCAAACCAGUGUAGUCUGAUUCGCAAACAAAUGACUCUUUAUGAAUUGAUUCUUUUUAAUAACCUUAAAAUUCUGGAUUUUGUCUUUAGUAGACAUCAUGAGUUAAAUUGCACACGUCACUUUUAUCAGCGAUGGUCAGGUGUACUCUCAUAGUUCCUAAUAAAGUUAAAUGUCAAUUGACAGGUAACUGAAUUAUUCACUUCCCAAAGCAAAUUUUUACUCUACUUGGCGAGUUUUAAUUUUGGACCCUGCACACACACACACACACACACACACACACACACACAUACUACACAACAAAGUCUCCUGUAUGACAGGGAGAGAAUUUUAAUUUAUUUUUGGACAUGGAAAAUAUUGCUGCUGGAAUAAUCUAAAGGACCCAAAAAAAUGGUGCAUGCAUGGACAUUCCAGUAUUUACAGUACAGUAUAUAUAGUAUAAAGUACAUACUGUAGGGGCCAAGGUACCUUGUGGGUGGGUGCUCAGAAAAGUGCAUUCAAGUGAAGUUUUAUAUUUUUAUCUUUAUCUCUGUUUUAUUCCUUUUUAUCUGAAAGACUUCCAUAUCUGUAUCCAUUGCAUUUCUACAUUUUUUACUGGACAAUAAUUCACAAUGGACUCUAUAUUAGCUGCAAUUUCGAAUGUGAAAUUCAGACUAUGAAUGUUUUAACGAGAGAAGAGGCCUGAACAGAUUCUUCGAUUAUUUCUGCUACGCAUCAUGCAAAUUUUAAAACACCAAAGACUUCUUGAAAGUAUGUUUUUUAUUCCCUUUUCACCAUGUUUUUUUCUUUUCCUUUUCUUAAUUUAUGUGCAAUGAUACGAUCUUUUGGGUCAUUUCUGUUACACAGUACUAUUUCAUCUUUCUGUAAAAAACCCCCACAUGAUUGUCUUUUAUUAAA